AGGAAACAACUACUUACAGUUUAGUGAGCAAAUAAAUCAUAAUGAGAAAAUAAAUUACUUCAUGGGAUAUAACCCUAAAUCUUUACACAUUAGAUGAAAGACGUAUUUAUUAAAAGCACGGUAUGAACCCACCCAAAUGCACCUGCCGUUGCACCUGUAAAUCUGCACAACAUUCGAAUAUGGGAAAUGCAAAAAGGAACUCGUCUUGCUCACUUCAGACUCCUGUGAGAAGAAAAUCAGAUCAAUUGCAGUCAUCAAAUCCCAAUGAAUUACAUUUUACCGCGGAACAACAGAAUAUGAUACUUAAGAUAGAAGCGUGCAACAGGGAAAUUCUACAAGAGAUCUACAGACUACAGUCAGAAAGUGUGAAAACUAAUGAUGCUAUAAGUCUGCUGAAAGAACACGCAAAUGUUAUACAGACGUCUUGUCUUUCACCAAGGCUACCGCAGAGAGAAUUUCCCACGUACCCUUCAGUUGUUUAUAAUAAGAAAUCAAGUAUAUCUGGUUCUAGUACUUCGUCAUCUGGCAUAAGGGAUAACAGUUCCACUUGUGUAAAUGAUGACAGUAGAGUAAUAAAUUAUACACAGCAAACAGUGAAACGGAAUGAAGAUCAGAUAACAAGACAAUUAGAAUUACUGAGAGAUCGUCAAUUUCAAUUGAUGCUGAAAAUAGAAAGUUUGAAGAGAUCAAGAUUUAUUCUAGUUCACAAUAUGCACCAACUACUUCUAGCGGCAAAAAUGCAAAAAACUAGACAAGGAAAUGAAUGCUGCAAUAAAAAAGAAAGUGAUACAUUUUGUAACGACUGUAACCAAGAAACUACAUUUCCCCUGAAGAAUAAUGGAUCGGAUCAGAAUGAACCUAAAUAUCCAUUUAAUCUGACCAACUCUUUCCACGAUUCUACAAGAAUUAAUCCUGAAAUGAGUCGCUCUUAUGUUGAUCGUGAGUGUCAAACAGUUAUAGAUCCAGGAUCAAGAAAUGACUUUAGCAUGACUAAAACAGACAGUGGGUUAUCGCAUAAUGUUGGUGUUUUUUCAGAAUCAGAACAAAAUCCGACAACUGUUUAUUCAAAUAAUGAAAGAAGUAACUCCACAAUGAAUCCUGUAUCAAACAGUCAAACUAAUAUGUCCGCUUUAGCAAUGGUAGCAGCAGUUACAGCAGCUACAAUCUUUAGAAAAACGCUUCAACAAUCAACUAAUCAAAUAGCCAACAAUUACUCAGAGAUUCCCGGUAAACACGAUUCCAUGUGUCACAGUUACCUGGAAAAUAAAUGUUCUUCAAUAAAUACAGAAAAUCCAAGAUGGAGAGAUUAUGAAAGACUGGAAACCCUAAAGAAGAAUUAUGCAAAUGAAGUAUCAGAGGAGGGUGAUAAUCACCUAAGUCAAACACUGUGUGACCAACUCACAGAAAUCAUGGACCGAUUCGAUCUGUCUUCACCGCCCCCUCCAGCACCGAAUUCUAGUCUCUAUGGUUUCACCGAAAUCAAUCCUUGUAGCAAUUACGCAGAUGUUAAAUACAAACAGAACAGUAAUUUACAACUCAAGAACACUUCAAGUGAAGAAGAGUUUGAUUUGUCAUUAGAACCUGAUUAUUUUCAAAUCGGGCAAGAGAAGAGUAAAUUGCCUCAGAGAAUUUCACUGGAACAUUACGAUACAGAAAGUAACAGAGAUGAUGAACCAAAACUGUCACUGAAUUCUUCUGAUAUGAUAAGAAAUACAGGUCUUAAUGUAUCACGUGAAAAGUUUUCUGAUCGUCUUUUACGUGCUCGCCAAGCAAUUGAUUUAUGGGAAUGUCAAGUAAAUCGUGAUUCUUAUGAAAAAGGAAGUCAUGUACCAUUCCCUGAUGUCGGACAGAAUCAACAACUAAAAUUAAACAGUGACACAAAAGCAGCUACUCUGCCGCAAGUGUCAUCUUCAGUAAAUGCGAACUUUCCCACAAGAUGCAACAGUCUCACAAAUAAGUUACAGACCAAUGAAAGAAUCGCUCCUUUUCAAGGUUUCACUUCAGUUGACACACAUUCAAACGCCAAAACUAGUUAUCAGAAGGAUAAUCUGUCUACAUUACAUCCAAGUUCAUCAAAAGCUAUGCCAGUUCAAAUUGUCAAACCUGCUGUUCGAAACCAAAAUAUAAAUAAUCCAUACAAGGACAAUGAUGUUAAGCAAUCAACAAAAAUUUCUGAAAAUCAGAUUACAAAUCACCAAACACAACCAAUUGAAAGUCAUCAUCAACAAACACAAAAUAAUAAACCCACUACCUACGUAGACAAAACGUCGAACAAUGAUAGACGUCAAAUCAAAGGUGUACUAGUGAGUGAAAAUUCGAAAGGUGAAAGAACCAGUAGAACAAGCAGGAACCCAAGCACACAAAGAAGUGUCGCUUGGGUUGAUGAAGUACUCUCCCAUCCUCUAUCCAACAGUACUAAAAUCGAAGUUUUAGAUUCCUAUGAGAAACAGGAAAAGUUCAACCAUACGACGCAGUUGGAGAAGUCACACAGUACCAGUGAAAAAUCUAGUAAUAAUUCAACCCAAGAUAGUGAGCGAAAUGUUUCGUCGUUAACUAAAAAAUCCGAUACAACACGUUCUAAUCGUUUGUCAGCAUUAAGUUCAGCAGCCAACUCUACACGUCGAUUGCUUCCAAAUUUAACAAACACCAAACUGAACGAUAGGCAACAGUACAAAUAGAAUCUACUUCUCAUAUUUUUGAUAUAUUUCAGUUUAUUUGCUAUUCAGAUGUACUUCAAUUUCAAAAUUUUAAGAUUUACUUAGUGUAUGCAAGCAAAGAGCUUAUGACUUACUAUUCAGUGUGCGCUUUGAAUAAAAUGCACGGAGAUAGUAUUAAAACAUUUAUUUUCUAACUACCUGAAAUUAUACGAGAUUAACAGCAUUAUUUAACAUGAGUAUUUUUUACAAUUUGUUUAUAUUUACUUCUCUGAUUCUUUGCGUGAUUACUGUUUUUGGCCUAAUUUCGUGAUCUGAGAAAUAAAUGUAUGUGCCAAAGAGUAGCCACAGGUUGUAAUAGCCCCAUCAAUUAUACAAUCAUAAAUAUAUAAAUGUCAUGUAGUGGGACAAUAAAUCUUCGUUUGG